CUACCACUGACUACCAUAUAGUGCCACCCUUACUGGACACUCUCGAAACUAGGGGUGGUAACAUAAUGGCAGCAGCAAAGGGCUGGAAGCCACACGACAGCCUCACCCAGGCUCCCACCAACCUGAAGGAGGCCAUUGACUGGGUCCUGAGGGUAACUGGUAGGGAUGGUAAGAAGAAUGAAGCGGCGCAGCCGCCACCAAAGCCUGAAAAUGCCCCCCACUGUUUGUGCUACCUUGCCAAGGCAGUGAAGGACCUACUGUACGACGCCAGGUCCCCGGGGUCCCCUGGUCCACACCCUGAGAGGUACUGGGAUGGCAUACUUCUAGACCAGGAACAGUCCAUAGUCAAGCCAGUGCUCACGGACCUGGGACUCCUAAGUGGUGGCAGCACUAGUGCUGCCAGGGAUACCUGCGCUGGUGGCACCGAGGUCAUAGGGACACUGAUAGACCACUUGGCACUGGGACUACAGAAGUGGGUUGGGUGGCAGGAUCAGGGGAAACACAGUAACGCCACCAUAAGAUACUGUGACGGUUCCGGCAUCGGUAGUCAAUGGACUGCAGGGAAUGUGGAGCAGGAGUAUCAAUCAUCAUAUGAUAACUGCGCUAGUACCCCUAACGAUGCUUCCAUUCCCCCUUCAGAAUGCUCCUGGCCCACCAUCUCGGACCAGCCAGAUCAAGUCCACCUCCUGGCCCGUAUUUUCCUAGGGUCAGUAUGUCUCAUCUGGAGUGGACUCAGUCAGUUGGGGUGGUUGGUAGGAGACAAUAGGUGGAGGCAAAGUAGUUUGUACGAUAUCAGUGAUACCAAUGCCGGUCUCGGCUCAUUCAUGGCGUCAAUGGGCUAUGACCUGGAUAAGUUGUAUAAAGGAAGUGGAUACUUAUUAUGGAAUAUAUUUGCUGGAAAAAACGAUAAACCAGGAGCAUUUGAAGAAUUCACUAAAGGCGCUGAUUCAGGUAGUGUAGCUGAGUACUACAGCAGUAUCUAUAGUACGGCCAAGACUGCAGUGGAAAAGAAGCUCAAAACGGAGCAAAUAUGUAAGCAGUACCCCCUAUUGGUACUCCACAUCCUGGCAAGUGGGUACUUCCGGGCAGGUAGUGCCGGGGCCAAUAAGGUAACUGUGACGGCUUCGCCGGCCACUGAAAAGAAAGAAACACCCUCUCCUAGGAAACCUAGGACUAUCCGUGAGAUUCUAUACUGGCUCAGUGCAUUGCCAUAUAGUCAGGGAUACAGGGCACUGGUAGAGAGGAUGCAACAAAAGACGGAUCAGGUGACCCAGGGGAACUCUGAGGAUAAAAAGGGCCAGAUAGAGCUGUACGAUACCAGUGCUGCUAAGGCCAGUACCACCCUCAAGAGGGACUGUAUAACCCACUACCUAAUGGCCGCCUGUGGCUACUGCCCACUGGUACUCAUCGGUAUCCAGGGGACCAUAGAAAGGGAAGUCACGAGUGUAGGUGUUCCAGGGGUAGGGGUACCCGGAGUAGGAGUACCUGGAGCUGUAUCUCCAGCUGCUGCUGCUGCGGAGAAGAACAGGUGUCCUGAACACAAGAAAGACCCUAAAUCUAAGAGGUGUACCCUUGAUGAUAAAGACAAGGCUGCAGAGGCAGCUACCCAGGCACCGGCACCACCGUCAGCUUCCACCGGCCAACAACUCAAGCCCGGCCAAGUCUGCUACGGCGGGUACCACCUGGCAGUAAAGGAUUUCGGCCCCCUCCAUGGGAUGUAUGCCAAUGGGCUCUUUGGCUUUGACAUGGACGGCUCUCCCGCCCAGUGCCUGGACCAACUGAGGGCAUAUGUCUACCACUGCUUCUACCAGCUCUAUUUCCUGAGGAAGCAAUGCAAGGAGGGGGUGGCAACGGAUAAAACGGCAGUGCUGGGCUGGAAGAGUUGUAGGUAUGGUUUCCAAGUUGGAAAAAUGGAUGGAAAAGUUAGUAACAAGUGGAUAUGUCAGACAGAUGGUACAGGAGGACUUGCUACUGCUCAGGAUGGAAAGGACCACACCAAAAAGUGUGGUGUUUUCGAAGGUACAAGUAAUCGUACUGAGUCACCCUUACAGAGCUUCUUGUGUGAUAGAUUAGGAUCACUGAGGUGUAAAGCCAUAAUCGGUAAGGGCAAUGUGGAAGAAUAUCCGGAAAUUAAGGAGCAUAUGGAUCCCGAAGACAUUUCUCCUUUGGGGCAUAUUGGCAAACCGCCCAUACACUGUCCAGUCCCUAUGGGUUGGAGCAUGGAUAAGGAGAAACACUUCAAAGAUUUAAGCAAGACGCACAAGAUAGCUGGGCUCGACAAAGGUAGUGGUGUUAGCCCUGGUAACUAUCCCAUCCACUGCACUGGGAAUACACUGUCACUACUCCUGGAGUACUACUGUGACCCCGAAAAGUGCCAGAGUGGCACUUUGGUGGUACUACUGAGACUACUGGCAUGUAUUACUCCCACGGUGCCACGGACCCUGGGUGACCUCUUUGGGUUCUAUUACUAUAUAGUCUACAUUGGGGGAAACAAGGGUGUUGGAGAGGGAGUGUAUGAUAAACUGAAAGGAAAAGAAAAGGAAUCUAAACUGCACAUGCCGUCUAUUGGUGGUGGUCCUGAUGCAGUGGUAACAGCCCUCGAGACAUACGGUGGAGAUUGCAAGACAGGCACACAAAAUGGCUCCCUUAAGUGCCUAGUAGACUGCGCUUAUGGUACUGGCGCCAAAUACUUAAGCCCCCUCAGUGGCCAGCAGUAUGGCCAGUUGAGUCCCGUGAUGGCCGGGACCUACCUGUCAUGGUUGGUCUAUUUGAUAGGGGAGUUCCAGGGAGGGUUGGAUAAGUUGAAGGAGGAUUAUAUGAAUAUACAGUGCAAGGAUGAGUGUGGUACAGGUGUGGGAGGAGCUGCUUCUGGAUGUGGAGAUCAGUGUCGACAGGGUAAUCAUGGAGACAAGAAUAACUGUUGUGGCUGCUCAUCAAUCGUAUCAUGUACCGGGGUACUACCAGUGUUGUACAAGUAUGGCUUUGGGUAUGGUGAUGUAAAGGAGUUGCACGACACUGGAGGUACGAAGAAGUGUCACGAGUUCCUGGGAACACUGGAAAAGGUCCUAACAGGAGAUCACCUCAAGAAUGGCUCCACAACAGGCCUCCACCACGAGAUAAACCAGCUCAUCUACACCACCAGGCUCCCUUGGAUCUUUGUGCUCACGUUGGCCUGGCUAGUAGCAGUGCUCUACCUAGCAUUUGGUGCCAUUUGGCCACUGGACUGGACACAUAUGAGGUCGCAUUGGUUACGGGGUGGAGAACACCAGUGGCAAUGCAUGUGGUAUAAGGUGAUGACGGGACGCAAAGGAAUGGCACUGGUGGAGUAUUUUGGUAAGACAUAGUGGCGCCUUCGGCGCAACGGUGCUAAAUGAUAUACACUAGUGUCACUCACUAUAUAUAGUAGCGGUAUAGGUAGUGAUCCUAUAAUGGGCAUUAACAGGGUACACAUUCCGGUGAAACCAGUGCAUUAAGCAGUGCUAAUAUAGAGUAAGUGGGAUAUCUGUGGAAGGCUGCAGUUAGUUCACUGAGGAGCUACUGAUAGCCCUUCCGUGGUACCACACACAUUCAAAUUUGCCAGUGGGUUCCAUAGCAUGGCAGUGACUGCAGUAGGUAGUGCAACUUAUGACGUACACACAGUACAUUGUCAUUGGGGGUUAUAAUAUGGCGCCUUCGGCGCAACGGUGCCUCUAGGGGUGGUGAUGUGGAGUAAUUGUAACAUAGAAAGCCCAUGGGUUCCACCCAGCCUUUGGCACCAAUUGAAGGAAACAGUGUUACUAUAGACAAGUGUAGUAACAAUUGAAGGAAAGGAACAGUGUUAUUAUAAUUAUGGGUCUCCAGGACGGUGUAACGCAAAUGUUGUUAUGCUGUUGGUAUAGCUUUAGUCAGAUUGUUUAUACGUUUUAGUUGUGUUUCCACUGAAACUGUGGCUUAGCUUUGGGUAAUUCUUUCACAAAAGUUUUCUAGAGCUUUUGUGGUACUUUUGCUGAAAGUUUAGUAUAAAAGUAGUGCUUAUUCGGGGUAAUUAUGGUGACGUAGGUCAGAAGAAGCGGUGCCACGAGUUCCUAAAGACACUGGGUAACGUAGAAAAAAGCGUCGAGUUCACAAAACUCACCACCUCCAUCAACCAGCUCAUCUACACCACCAGGCUCCCCUGGAUCUUUGUUCUCACGGUAGCCUGGCUAUUAGCGGUACUCUACCUAGCCUUUGGAGCCAUAUGGCCACUGGACUGGACACAUAUGAGGUCACAUUGGUUAAGGGGUGGAGCACACCAGUGGCAGUGUAUGUGGUAUAAGGUGAUGACGGGACGCAAAGGAAUGGAACUGGUGAAGUAUUUUGGUAAGACAUA